AUGGAACUGAAUAGCGACUUAGACAGAGACAGUGGAGCUCUGGACGCGACUCCAAAACGUCAAAACAACGAAAUCUACAAAAUAAUCGAGAAUUCGAUGAGGUCCUCUGUACUUGAAGUAUCUCGUAUUCAUUUACUGACAGUGCUGGUGGUAUUUCAAGUGGGUAUGGAUGAUUCUGGGGCAAGUGAAGAUGUCCCACCCGUGGGGGGUCUUUUGAUGGGUGAAACUCUGGGACAGGGCGCCUUUGGGUGUGUGAAGUCUGCCAGUUUGGAGGUUGACAAAAACAUCGUGGUAGCCGUUAAGUUCAUACACAUGCCGACUUGUAACGAGAACGGGUUGCAAGAGAGGGAUAUUAUGCGGGAGGUUGUGCUGCAUAAUAAGUGCUCGCAACACCCGAACGUUUUGAGACUGAUAGAUUGUAACACUGUCGAUGACUACAUAUACAUAAUCUUGGAGAUGGCCGAUGGUGGGGACCUUUUCGAUAAGAUUGAACCUGAUCUUGGCGUAGACCUUUUAAUCACACAGUUUUACUUCCAGCAACUGGUCAACGUCAUCACGUACUUACAUGAACAAUGCGGUGUUGCCCACAGAGAUAUUAAACCGGAGAAUAUUCUGCUAGAUAAGAGCGGGAACUUGAAAUUAGCAGAUUUUGGCCUCGCGUCGCAAUUUAAAAGAAAGGACGGCACAUGGAAGAGGUCUAUGGACCAAAGGGGGUCCCCACCUUACUUGGCCCCAGAGAUACUGUACUCUAAGAAACCAUAUUACGCCAAUGUCACAGAUAUUUGGUCCAUAGGCAUCUUCACCUUCGUUCUGAUCACGGGCGCUAUCCCAUGGGAGUUGCCCGCAUGGGAGGAUGUUAACUACUCAUCGUUUCUGGAAAAUGACGGGAAUGUUGAUAUGGGACCAUGGAAGAGAGUCGACAUACAGCAGCUGAGUCUGUUGCGGAAAAUCUUACAGCAAGAUCCUUCAGAGAGAAUCACAUUGUCGAAAUUGCGAUCGCAUCCCUGGUUCACACAGAAAAAUAAACUUAUGAACUCGAAGGGACUUUGUAAUGACCCUGCUGCUUUAGCGAACAGACUUUUGUCAAGACUGAACGUGUCCCUCGAUAACGGUAACUACAAUACAUCACUAACCCAAACUCUAGACUCUGCAACUAGGAGUGUGUCCCCACCACUGCCAACUGUAUCCACACAGCCUGUAUACAACGAUGUGGCAUAUAUCCAGACAGAUUCCUUGCCGAAUGACCAAAGAUACCCAAAUACCCAAAGGCCGUCUUCCCAAUAUUAUGCAUUACACGAUGAGCUUAAUUAUUAUUCCACUCAGGUUGAUGAUACUUUGUUGAAAUACAUGGAAAACGACUAUUCCACGUUACAAUUUCAAAGUCAGCAGAACAUUAGAGAUAAAAGUUUGAAUGCCUUGCAAUUUAGACCUUUCAAGUUGACCAAAUUUUACUCAUUGGAACCGAUGGAGAAUUUAUUACCCAUAUUGGAGAAGGCUUUACAAUUGUCUGGGAUAAAAGUAACCCCAGAUCUUUACAGAUUCUAUCAGGAACUGUUGGAGAAAAAGAAUGAAGACGUGUUCCCUUUAAAGAUUAAUAUGAAAAACUUCGAUUCAAGAGGAGGGAAACUUGUUGGAUUUAUCAGCAUUAGACGGGUCAAAGCCGAUUUGAAAAGCCUCGAAUUUGUGAGAAAGUCAGGAGACCCAUUGGAAUGGAGAAGGCUAUUUAAGAAAAUUGCACUAUUUAGUAGAGAUAUAAUACUUAUAGUGAAGUAA